GUCCAUUGUUGCUUUUCUAACCGUGAGAAACACUGCACUUUCCCUCACACCCAUCGUGUUAGCAGCACAACCAAACCCUAAACCAAUUUUUGCUCCAGAGAGUAUCUAACGAAUUGUUGAGGGGUUUGAGCGCGGGGGUGAAUGUGUGCAAUUCACAAAAGGACCAAGUCCCAUUUAUCAUUCACACAUUUCUUAACCGUGUACUGUCUAAUGUGAUAGAAGAGUUGGAGUGGAAAGAGAAAAAAAUUCCUGCACAUUCUCACCACGCGAUUCACAAUAAAGUUUCGGGGGCUGUCAUAUACGGGGGUGGCUGGCGGAAAAAAAAAGACCAACACAAUAGACGAUAAAUAAUUGGAAAAAGAGUGAGUGUGCAGAAAAAAAAAGAGUUAAACUUUUGUGAAAAUGGGACGCUUUUUCACACACGCGCUGGUAUUAUCGUGCAUUAUUCUCUUAUCAUCAUGCAAUGCAAAUGACGACAGUAGAAACGAUCACAAUGAGAAUGAGGAGCACUUCGAUAGCUUUCAGCAUCAACGACCCACGCUGUCGAGAUUUCCGCAGCAGCUCCUGCAACUUCUCCCAGGAAGUGGGUUAGACAAUCAGAUUGUGCCGGAAAAUGAUGGUAUUUAUGGCGUCGAGGAGCCCGUUGCGAGGACAUUCUUCCACCAGAGUAGUGAGGAUGAGUACGCGGAUGAUGCAGAGUAUGACACAGAUCCUGAGUUGCAAUCAAGUUUACCCUAUGGGAUUCAGAAUGUAAGACGAAACGUUGAGAUGCUGCCAAGCAGGUCGAUUCGUACAAAACCAAAAAUUACACGAACAAGCUUCCAAUCGCUAUGCCCUUCUAGGAGGACACUGGUGUACCUAAACAGCGAAGCAGGAAAUUAUGAAUACAAACCAGAUCACUAUGAGGAGGUGACCUGUCAGCAUCCUUUCACCUCAUUCAGAGACUACCGGGUGCACAGAAAUAAGCCCGCUUUAAGUCGCUUAAUCGAUGGGAAUAUGGAUGAGAUUUGCGGUGAAGUGGGUUUCUCAUGUAUUCAGCUAAACAGGACAAUCUUCCUGACACGCCGUCUCUUUGGAACUGAUUGCUGGGAAUCCCUAACGCGACAGGUGCCCGCAGGAUGUGAGUGCAUGUGGCCAAAGCAUCACUACGGCGAUAUUACGUCCCACCACUGAAGGAGGUUCCACAAGCAACAACCCCCAAAUAUCUGAUCGCAUGAUGAUCCUCUCGCUCUGUGACACACUGUGUAGUUUGCCAAAUAUACCAUUUCAGUGUUAA